GAGCAGUCUGCAAAGACAGCACGGACACACCACCAGACAGGAAGAGAGGCAGAAAAGGGAGGAGGCCAGCAGCUGGCCUGCUAACCACUUGGAGAGGAAAGAUUGAGAGAGGAGGGGUGAGAGAAAAAAAGGGGAGUAUACAGUCUCCUCUGCCCUUCUUUGCUACUGCAGCCCCCCUCCCUCUCUGUAUGAUUCUCUUUCUUUCUCUUUCCCCUUACUCAUCUGUUUCUGUGGCUGCGCUGAGAGGAAGGGCACCUGCCGCUCCCUGAUGAUUCAGCCUUUCAGCUGCCUGGAGUUCUACAGACACAACAGCAUGUCCCUCCUGCCACUGCAGUGCCUGGCCGUCCUGUCCUCUGCACUACAGUUGCUGCAGCUGCAGCCGGCCCAUCACGUCGACAUUGCCUGUUCUUCCUCUUCUGCCCAAGUGUCCAGCAAAUAUGGCGAUUGUACAGACCCAUGAUUGUGUGUGUUCUGAAAAAGCAUGAGUAAGGAACUCCUUACCCUAAUGCACAGGCUGACUACAUAUCUUCCGGACUGUUAACGAGGUUCAACUGUCUGAAGGGCAUUUUUACUUUCCCCUGAAAUCCCAGCUCUGACUUUGUGUCCUCAUGAUAGAAAACACAGCCAAGGACACGGGUGGCAGACAGCCACUGUGUGAUGCUUUGAGUUAAAAGUUGAGGUCUUCAGGGACACUUCAUCCAGCAGUUCGAAAGGAUGACUGAGGGAAUGGAGGAUUUCUAUGCAGGGCCAGCUCCUCCUCCUGGAUCAUCCUCCCCCACCAGCUCUACUGUUGAUACUGGACAAGUCCCAGAGGAGAAACCAGAGGAGACAGAGGCAGUUGGCGAGAGAGGGGAGGAGGAUGCAGAGGAAACUGCAGAAGGAGGAGGUGAUGGCGAUGGGGAGCAUGUGGGGGCUUUGGGAAUUGUGGCCUUGCCUGGGACCUGCUGCGUGUGCAUAGAGAUGGAACAGAUUAAUAAAUGCCUGCACUCUGAGAAAAUCUGCAUUCUGCCCAUCCUAGCCUGCCUUCUUAGCUUAGCCCUCUGCACAGCUGGCCUCAAAUGGGUCUUUGUGGAUAAGAUCUUUGAGUAUGACCCACCCACACACUUAGAUCCUAAACCUAUCGGACAGGACCCAAUUAUUAUAUCAGUUGACCCCAGGCUGGAAAUAACUGUCUCAAUUCCUCAUUUAGCUCCCUCUACUGUCUCCCUAUCCACAACCAUCGCCAUUACUCCAGGACAUCCUGAAGUUUUAGUGGAAGAGAAAUUUACACAAGGGCCGUACGUGCCUCAGUCUCCAAGAGGGGUGGAACCCUCUGUGACACUGAAAUACAACGCUGAACAUCCCACCGUCCCAAAGCAGACUGCACACCCCCAGACAGCACAGGAAUUAAACAACAUCAUCCCGACUAUCUCUACCACCAGCACCUCCACUGCAGUCAAGACUUCCAGUCAUGUGACACGCUGCAGUGACAGCCAGAGGAACUACUGUGUUAACGGAGGGGAGUGCUUCACCCUUGAAAUUAUGCCAGGCAGUACAAAGUUUCUCUGCAGGUGUCCAAAUGAAUUUACUGGUGAUCGCUGCCAAAACUAUGUAAUGGCCAGCUUUUACAAAGCUGAGGAGCUGUAUCAGAAACGUAUUUUAACAAUAACAGGAAUCUGCAUUGCGCUCCUAGUCGUUGGACUCAUGUGUGUGGUUGCCUACUGCAAAACAAAGAAGCAGAGGAAGAAAUUACGUGACCGUCUGAGGCAGAGCCUGAAGAAUAAGAGGAACAACAAUACCAAAGCAGACAUUGGCUCCAACCUUGCAGGCUCUACCAGAGGAUGUCAGAGUUCUAACUUGCCACUUCAAGAUCUGAAGCUUGUCAAUCAAUGUAAUGGGAUGACUAUGCAGCAUGCAGCUGAGGAGACAGAUACAACCGUCUCUACAAGCAAAUACCCCUUAUGUGCACAUGAACCUACUGAGCUCACCCACAUCUCCAGCCAAAGGUUUGCAUCUGCCAUGGCAAACUUGACUCGACUGUCUCCAGAGUCCUGGACCUCUCCGAUAACCCCAGGGUCUCCUCCAUCAGAGACGUCACCCCCCCUUUCCAGCCUGGCCAUCUCUGUCCCCUCAGUGGCUUUAAGCCCUUCUGGUGAGGAGGAGCGCCCCUUGUUGUUGUCAGGCAUGGGUCAUCAACAAAGGUUGACGAGCCAAGAUGAACAGAAGAGGACCUCUUUCCACUACAAUCAUGGUCAUGUGGCACAUAGCUUACCACCUAGUCCACUGCUUAGUGUGGAGAAUGUUAACUACCAAAUAGGAGAUGAUAAUGCCGCAGCUCUCAUGCUUUCAGCAUCAAGUGGGAAAUUAAUUAAUACAAACAAAAAUAUCAAUGACUACAGCAUGAAUAGAAUCACUGGCCACAUGCUGCAUUACAUGGAGUCUAGUGGCGACAGCAUGUUAGUGAGUGAAACAGAGGAGCCUCAGGGGGAACAGACACACUUCCUUAGCACAGAUAGCACUACAACCCCUUUGCUCAAGGCCAUGGACAGCAACAGGACUAACCCAGCAUCGCCACAUGAUGGCCUGCAAGUCAUGUCAUCCUACCCUACCAUCAAACAAGAUCCAAUUGCUGUGUAAAGUAAAAAGAAAUUGCAGAGAAUCCUUUGUGUUGAGGGGAAAAAAUGAAAUCACAAUUAAACCUUUAUUUUAUAUACAUUAUUUGCUGUGUAAAGACUUUUAAAGAAUGAAAAAUGAAACUUUUAUUUUAGUGAUGUAGUGAAUAAAGAGUUUUAUAUUAAAAAAAUGUACAUAUGUGGUCAUGUCUUGUAGGUAAAGUGCCAUACACUACUAUGUAGCAGCUGUUCACAGUAGAUUGGAGUGCAGAAAAUAUCAAUGGUGCCUUUCUGUUUAAUAUGCUUAAAGGAACUGUAACAUCAGAUACUGGGCCAUGUAUCACUAUCUUAAUCUUCCAGUAAACAUUGAAAAAAAACUUACUGGCUGCUUUUAACGUCCUGCUGCUGAAAGUGCCCACCGACACGAUAGUUUAAAAGUAGGUAAAAAUAAAUAGUAAAUAGGUUCAAGGUGCAUGCUGUGUUCUAAAAUGCUGUGAUGAAAUAACAAGCAGUUUGUGUUUUCCUCUGCAGCCAUCUGACUUGAUUUGUCACACAGGCUUUCUCACUGAGACUUUCUCCAGGAAUAUAGUUUUGAUCUUCAAUGUCAGAUUGAUAUUUAUGAAUACAUUGUUAAUCAGCUCAUUACUUGCAUUUGAUGAGAGGUGGAGGUGAUGUUAGAGAUCAUGAUGUUCAAUUCUUCCCUGGACUACCCAAUAGAUGACCUGUUUGAUUCAGCAUCCUGCUGGGUACAUAUUACUAUAACUGGUAGAUCAAUGUGCAGUCUGGCUCUUUAAUAUUACUUAUACUAACACCUAUAUGCUUAUCAUAAACCUAUACAUUUUUUUGUGUCUAAUUCUUUAUUGGGUUUCUAAGUUAAAGGGCUACCGCAAUGUUGUAGUAUUUCCACAACAUUUAGAGAACGGUUCAUCUGAAACAGCAGAGGAAUUAUUUCCUGACUUCAGGUUCCUGGCAUGGUCAAGCUUGAUGCUGAAUCCUAUGUUUCCCAUCAUUUUUGAAAGUACAUUUCCAUUUAAAGCUUUAUUUUUUUUAUGCUGGCAGGCGUUCACAUCUUCACUGAGUCUAGACUGACUCAGUUAAGGUGGUGCCCCCAAAGACAGAACUACUAGUGUGAAGACCAGCAAUUUUCCAUUGUGGCAUCUUUAAAUCAAAAGUAUGUAUAAAUAUCCACAAAGUGUGUACUGAAUGAUAUGCUGAAUAUAUGGCUCAUUUCAUCCUGUGUGAAGACAUCAUGUGCUCCUAAGCUUGGGGCGUAAAGAAACUGCUACAUCUAUAUGAUAACUAACUGCUUUAAUUUGAGUCAUAUCUCUGAUAGAUUCUUAUUUUCCAAAUUUAACUUGUUACAACCUCCAAAGAUUGUAUGCACUGAUGUUUUCAAUUACCACAGCUUGUGUACAAAUGUGCAGUCUUAUUGUACUUGUGAUUUCAAAAACAGAGUUUGGACAGUGUCUGCUUGUAUGAGCAUAGUUUAUGAAAAUCUGCCAAAGACUGUCACUUCUGACUCCUAGAAUAAAUACACUUUUGAAAAGUAAAUCAAAAAUAACAAUUAUUGGACUCUGUGGUGAGCCAUAGUUUCUGAAAAUGUAUGUAUAGAGAAUCAGCAGUCAGCCUAGCAUAUGAUUAAGUAUGACGACGUGGACAUGCUGCUCCAUUUGUGUUUUACUGUAUCUUAUACCUGAUGAAGAUUAUUUGUAAUUUAUUUGGUAGUCCAAUAGUAGUUGUGGUUAUAUAAUAUAUACGGUCAUAUUUAGCAAAUUUAGUUUAAAAAAGGUAACAUAACAUAUGGUCAUUUCAUCUACAUGGUUAUUUGAACUAAACAGGUGAUAACCAUUUGCACAUUUGGGCACUUGUAUGCUUAACAUAACUCACAAUGCAUUGCUUUUAGAAGUAGGAGUGUCUUCAAAUUCUGUAAAUAUAUAAUGAAAAACUUUAGCACUGUUGUUUAUUAUUGAAUAUUAAAGUGUUUUGUGUCUCAGA